CAUACCAGUAAAUGAUGGGUUCGGUCUAGCAUGUGCAACGAACGAAAUAGGAGCUUCCGCCGGAGUUUGAGUUUCAUCUCCCCUCCUCCCCUGGAGACGCUGAGGCAGAGCAUUCCCUUCCCUCCUACAAUCUUCGCUCACAUUCUAGAUUCGAAUUGCGAGUUCGCAACCAAGACAGAAACAGAACCAGAAGGAUCAUUCGUGAUAAACAAAUCGGGCUUCUCUUCCCCUGUUCUGUUUCUUCUCCCAUGGCAUGUUUCAAGAUCCUCGCCUCCAUUCUCGUGGAGUUCUCAAGAAACCUCAGAUGGCCUCUCUCAAGAUCAAGAACCCACAUCUGUAUCGGGUCGCUCUUUGGCCUUGCUCUGUUCUUCUACUUAUCAGCAACGCUCGCCGACAACUCCCCGGCGGUGACCUCUGCAACGCUUGCUUCUCGGCUACUCUUCAGCUCCACUUCCAUUUCUUCCUUCUCUUCGUUCAUUCCCUUAGAUAACCAUCUCGUCUCCGACCCACUAAAGAAUAAUUCCGACGGCUGCGCAUUCUCUACCGUGGCCGCGGUUGAAAGAACCCGCCAAGAAUCAACCAAUAAAACAGAGACUCACAUAACAGGAGAUUUGACCUCUUGCGACAUCUUUGAUGGUAAGUGGGUCUUCGACAAUUCGGACCCGAUUUACCAGCCAGGGUCGUGUCCAUUCAUCGACGACGCCUUUAACUGCUUCAAGAAUGGUCGGCUGGACUCCGGUUACAUGAGAUACCGCUGGAAGCCAAACGAUUGUCAGAUACCGAGGUUGGACGGGAAAGAAAUGCUGGAGAUAUUGAAAGGGAAAAGGCUUGCUUUCGUUGGCGAUUCCUUGAAUCGCAACAUGUGGCAGUCGCUCGUCUGUGCAUUAAGAGAGUCUGUGAUGAACAAAAGCAGAGUUUUUGAGGUUUCAGGACGGCACGAGUUCAGGACCCAAGGAUUCUACUCAUUCAUAUUCACAGAGUACAACUGCUCCAUCGAGUUCUUCCGGUCGCCAUUCCUGGUGCAAGAAUGGAAGAUUAAUGACAGUACCGGAGCUCGGAAAGAGACACUCAGACUCGACCUGAUCCACGGAUCCUCCUCAAAGUACUUCAAUGCCGAUAUAAUCAUCUUCAACACAGGCCACUGGUGGACGCACCAGAAAACCUCUCGAGGGAAGGAUUACUUUCAGGAAGGCGAUCAUGUCCACAGCAAACUUGGCGUGGCAGAAGCAUAUACAAAGGCAUUGCACACAUGGGCACGGUGGGUCGAUGGCAACAUCGAUUCAGAUCGCACCAGGGUCUUCUUUCGGGGAUACUCGGCUUCUCAUUUUAGAGGUGGGCAAUGGAGUUCAGGGGGGAAUUGUGAGAAUGAGACCCAACCAAUUACCAACAGCUCCUACCUUGCACCAUAUCCUCAGAUGAUGAACAUCCUUGAGUCUGUGAUUAGGGAGAUGAGAACACCUGUGUUCUACUUGAACGUUACAAGAAUGACGGAUUAUCGAAAAGAUGGUCACCCAUCCAUUUUCCGGCAGCCCAAGGGCCACAGACAAGCAGCAGGGAUGAUACAAGAUUGCAGCCACUGGUGCCUCCCCGGCGUUCCAGAUGUCUGGAACCAGCUUCUUUACACCGCCCUUUUAAUAUCGUCUCGCCAAUGAUAGUCAUCCAUAUAUAUAUGUUAAUUAGAGUUCUUUUUGGAUCUUUUUUUUUUUUUUCUUUCUUAGGAUUUGUGCAUUCUUGUUCUGUGGCUGUAGUUGUACGUGUAGUAGUAAAUUUUUUGAGUUUCUUUGGGCAGAAAGAAUUUGAAUGAAGCC